UGCUCUCUUGCUCUGGUUUUUUGGUUUUUGGGUUUGAAAUCUAGGAUUCAUGGAGAAACCCUCGGAAUCGGGGGUCACAUUCUCGUUUGAGGACCCAUCUGAUGGCUCCGGUGGUGGUUCGGAUGAGGAAAGGCCGGAGGAGGUGGAGGCUGAUGACGCGGCGGAACUUGAGGCUGUGACCAGGAACGCAGACCCUGAAGAGGUUGAGGUUGAUGAGGAGGACUCUCAGUCUAGCGAGGACGAUGAUGAGGCAUUGGAGGAAUCAUCAAACUCAGAAAUUGCGAAGAGGGAGAAAGCCAGACUCAAAGAAAUCCAGAAGCUGAAAAAGCAAAAAAUUCAAGAGAUUUUGGUUGCACAGAAUUCUGCAAUUGACGCUGACAUGAACAAGAAGGGGAAGGGCCGAUUGAAGUAUAUCUUGCAACAAGCUGAAAUUUUUGCUCAUUUUGCCAGUGGAAGCCAAACUGCAUCUGGGAAGAAGCCCAGAGGAAGGGGCCGCCAUGCCUCAAAACUAACUGAGGAGGAGGAAGAUGAAGAGUGCCUUAAGGAGGAGGAAGGUGGCUUUUCUGUUGGAGGAGGAACUUGGCUGGUGUCCCAACCAACAUGCAUACAGGGAAAAUUGAGGGAUUAUCAGUUGGCUGGAUUAAACUGGCUGAUACGUUUGUAUGAAAAUGGCAUCAAUGGGAUUCUUGCUGAUGAGAUGGGUCUUGGUAAAACACUUCAAACGAUCUCUUUACUAGGCUAUUUACAUGAAUUCAGAGGAAUUUCUGGUCCCCACAUGGUGGUUGCGCCAAAAUCUACUAUUGGCAAUUGGAUGAGGGAAAUUCGGCGAUUCUGUCCUGUGUUACGUGCUGUAAAGUUUCUAGGGAAUCCUGAUGAAAGGAACCAUAUAAGGGAAAGUUUGUUAGUGGCUGGGAAAUUUGAUGUGUGUGUGACUAGCUUUGAAAUGGCUAUUAAAGAGAGAACCACCUUAAGACGCUUUAGUUGGCGCUAUGUUAUUAUUGACGAGGCCCAUCGGAUAAAAAAUGAAAAUUCUCUCCUCUCAAAAACAAUGAGACUCUAUCGUGCAAACUAUCGUCUUCUUAUUACUGGCACACCUCUCCAGAAUAAUCUCCAUGAGCUGUGGUCACUUCUGAACUUUUUACUGCCGGAAAUUUUUAGUUCAGCUGAAAGUUUUGAUGAAUGGUUCCAAAUAUCAGGUGAAAAUGAUCAGCAAGAGGUUGUCCAACAGCUUCAUAAGGUACUUCGGCCAUUUCUUCUUCGAAGGCUGAAAUCUGAUGUUGAAAAAGGCUUACCACCAAAGAAGGAAACAAUUCUUAAAGUAGGGAUGUCCCAGUUGCAGAAACAGUAUUAUCGGGCUCUGCUUCAGAAAGAUUUGGAGGUGAUUAAUGCUGGUGGUGAACGCAAAUGUCUUCUCAAUAUAGCCAUGCAGUUACGUAAAUGCUGUAAUCAUCCAUAUUUGUUCGAAGGUGCAGAACCUGGCCCUCCUUACACCAGUGGAGAACAUCUAAUUACAACUGCAGGUAAAAUGGUACUUCUUGAUAAACUUCUCCCCAAGCUAAAAGAGCGGGACUCCAGAGUUCUAAUAUUUUCACAGAUGACAAGACUGUUGGAUAUCUUGGAAGACUACUUGAUGUUUCGAGGAUACCUGUAUUGCCGCAUUGAUGGGAACACAGAUGGGGAAGAUCGGGACACCUCCAUUGAGGCCUUCAAUCAGCCAGGGAGUGAUAAGUUCAUUUUCUUACUUUCUACCAGAGCUGGUGGGCUAGGGAUAAAUCUUGCUUCUGCAGACGUUGUCAUUCUCUAUGACAGUGAUUGGAACCCACAAGUUGAUCUGCAAGCACAGGAUCGUGCGCACAGGAUUGGCCAAAAGAAAGAAGUUCAAGUCUUCCGAUUUUGCACUGAGUACACAAUCGAGGAAAAAGUGAUUGAGAGUGCCUAUAAGAAGCUUGCGCUAGAUGCACUGGUGAUUCAACAAGGUCAAUUAUCAGAGCAUAAAACUGUUAAUAAGGAUGAAUUGUUACAAAUGGUGAAAUUUGGUGCUGAAAUGGUUUUUAGUUCUAAGGACAGUACAAUAACAGAUGAGGACAUUGACCGAAUCAUAGCUAAAGGAGAAGAAGCUACUGCAGAACUUGACGCAAAAAUGAUGAAAUUUACUGAAGAUGCCAUUAAAUUUAAAAUGGAUGACACUGGUGAAUUGUACGACUUUGACGAUGAGAAGGAUGAAAGCAGUUUCGAUUUUAAAAAAGUUGUUUGUGAGAACUGGGUUGAACCACCCAAAAGGGAAAGGAGACGCUAUUAUUUGGAGACUGAUUACUACAGCGAAACUGUGAAACAAGUAGGCUCAUCAAAAACAAAGGAACGCAAAAUGCCUCGCAUGCCUCAGAUGCAUGAUUUCCAGUUUUUUAACACUCAAAGACUAAGUGAGUUAUUUAAAAAGGAAGUAAGCUGUCAUCUGGGAACCUAUCAACGUAAGGAUGCAUCUGAUGGUGAUGAAUCUGGAGAUUUGGUGCAUUCAUUGACUGUGGAGGAACAGAAAGAAAAGGAACAGUUGUUGCAAGAGGGUUUUCCAACUUGGACAAGGAGAGACUUUAAUGCAUUUGUUCGAGCAUGUGAACAAUAUGGCCGGAAUGACAUAAAAAAUAUCUGUUCUGAAAUGGAGAAUAGAACAGAAGAGGAGAUCGAAAGAUAUGCUAAAGUUUUUAAAGAAAGAUACAAGGAACUGAAUGAUUAUGAUCGGAUAAUUAAAACAAUUGAAAAAGGAGAGGCGAGAAUAGCUAGAAGGGAUGAGAUAAUGCAAGCAAUUGGGCAAAAGAUGGCUCGUUACCAGGAUCCAUGGUCAGAAUUAAAGAUUCAGUAUGGCCAAAACAAAGGGAAGCUGUACAGUGAAGAAUGUGACCGUUUCAUGUUAUGUAUGAUUUCUGAACUUGGUUAUGGCAACUGGGAUGAACUAAAAUAUGCUUUACGUGAAUCUCCCUUAUUUCGGUUUGACUGGUAUGCAAAAUCCCGUACACCUCAAGAGCUGUCUAAGCGCUGUGAUACACUUAUUCGUUUGAUUGAGAAAGAAAAUCAAGAAGAAGAUGAACAGGAUAGAGGAGCUGGGAAUGAUAAGAACAAUGUCAAAGAUUCAAUGCGAAAAAGAUCAAAGUCAAAGGCAUCUUCUGCGGAAGCCUCUGCAACAGCUUCUAUCAGGAGGCGAAAGCAACCAACCAUGGAUGGUUCCCAAGGCUCAGGCCGUCGGAAGAGAUGAUUGAAUGAUGUUGUACCACCCUUCCAUUGUUCAAUGCCAUGCUUUUCAUAAAUUUA